AUGGUUAUGCCUUACACUGAUAUAACCUAUGAAACAGAGAACUGUAAUGAAACAGACACUGCAUAUCAAAAUGAGUUUUCCUAUACUCCUAAAGAUCAGGCUGAAGCAAUUACUGCUCAUUAUGAGCCAUCGCCUAUUAACGAAAGCCAAGAUAAAAUUACAGAAAAAUCAAAACUUAAAGGAAAAACACUUAUCCAAAAAUUUACAGCCUGGACUUCAUCUGUUUAUAAAAUGGGCUGUUCGGAUAGUGAAUUUAAAAACAGUGAAGAAACAUUUUUAGAUGUAACCUACGAUGACAUUGUAAAUUAUUUUGCAUUCUCACUUAGUAUUUAUGCUGCUGAGGAUAUGAAAAUUUUAUUUCAUUGUAAAGGGAAAGAUAAAAGAGAUUUUGAGGAAUCGUUUGUCAAAAAAUUAGUUGAUUAUGAGACAACAGAUUCCGAUUCAGAGGUGUCGGUUGCCCAAAAUUCAAGUACAGAUAACACCGAUUAUACAGAUUCAGAGGUAUCAGUUUGCUCCAAUUCAAUAAUCACAGAUUAUAUAGACUCAGAGGUUAAAGAGAAAAACAAACACCUGCGUCCAAAAAGAUUCUGCAUUUUUUGCAAAAAGAGCUAUUUUAAGCUGUCAAGACACCAGCAAAAUAAACAUAAAAACCAAAUUGAUGUAAAAGAGACCCUAUUAUUGCCAAAAAAGCAACGAGACAGAGUAUUUGCUUUGUUGAGACGCAAGGAAAUUGUAAACUACAACAGAUUAGAAGCGUUAAAAGAAAACCCAAAUUAUCUAUCCGAAAGGAAAACAAAGCAUACGAUAAACCUUACGAAGUGCAACAAUUGCAAAAUUGUAGUUGCAAGAAGAACAUUUUAUAGGCAUAAAAAGCAAUGCCAACUAUCGAGCUAUGAAGACAUUCAGCAUGAGCCAUUAGCUCAUUUAGAAACUUUAGAAAAUUUCCAAAUAGCUCAAACGUCCAUUGAACUAUUAUUUAAAACAAAAAUUUUGAACAGCUUCAGAAAUGAUAAGAUCGGCAAAUUGUGUAGAACGGACGCGACGAUUAUAGAAAUUGGAAUGCAACUUCUAUUAAAAGUAAAGUCCAAACAAGAAAAAGAAAUUGAAGUCUACAGAAGCGUAAGAAAUGAGAUGAGAAGAUUAUCUCAUUUAUAUACUCUAUUUUUGAAAGAAAAUGAUAUAGAAUGUAAAUAUAAUAAUUCUAUGGAUAUGUUCGCAAGAAAAAAUUUCAACAUACUAGUCAGAGUCAUCGAAAUAUUUACAAAGAAAGAUUGCAAUGAUAUAAAAGCAGGCCUAAAAAUAAACCUUUACUACUUAAUAAAAAAAUGUACUAAGAUGUUGGAAAACUUAUAUUACAGAAAAAUGAUGGACAAUGACGCUAAAGAAAUGGCAAAAUUUGGAAAAACAUUAAAAAGUUGGCAAAAUGAAAUAUUUAGCGAUGCCAUAAACAAAAUUAACAUGAGUUGUGAAACAAAAUUAAGAAAAUCAGUUAAAUUUCCAGAAGAAAAUGAUUUAAAAUAGUGAGGAACCAUAUUAUUGAGAGACUCGAAACUCUCUCAAACGAAUUUGAAAUUAUUGACGAAACCAGCUUUAUAACAUUAAGAAACUGUGCGUGCGCCAGAUUGACACUAUUGUCUGCAAGACGUGGUGGGGAGCCAGCCAGAAUGCUUUUAAGGCAUUGGCAUGAUGCCAUUCAAAGUGAGUGGUUAAGAAAAAAUAAAAUUUGCGAGCUAAAUGAAGGAGAAAAAUUUUUUAGCCAAAACAAUGAAAAUUGCCUAUAUGACAGGUAAAGGUGCCAGAAAGUUGGUACCUGUGCUAAUACCACCAGAUACCAUAAAAGCCAUUAACAUAAUUGCUGAUAAAAAUAUAAGAGAUUCAGUAGACAUAAGUCCUUUUAAUAAGUUUUUAUUUCCAAGUGGAAAAAAAUCAGAUGGCCAUGUUUCGGGAUGGCAUGUGCUAAAAGAUUUGUAAUAGUUUACCAUUAAAAAAUCCUGAGAAAAUUAUAGCGACAAACAAUAGACACAGAGCCUGCACAUUAUUUGCUGUAAAAGAUGUGGAAAAAUCUCAAAGACAUUUAUUUUAUUCGCACAUGGGCUACUCUGAAGAAAUAAACAAAAAUGUGUAUCAAGCACAGCUUGCUGUCCAGCAUUUAACGAAAACUGAAAAAUUUUUUAUGGAUAUUGACGCAGGUAAAAGUAAUAUAACUAAACUUGUUUUUUUCUCUUUUUUAAAUCUUUAAAAAUUUUUUUUCGGAAGACAAAAAUAAAA